GUUGCAGAUCGAACUCAAGCAAGAAAAUUAACAAGUGCGUAGAGAUGAGAGUGCGUUCGGAAUCAGGCGCGAUAACACAGCUUGAGACAAAAUGCACGAGGCUUGGGUCUGGGCAAGUUGCGAGAAACCCGAUCCGGACUUUUUGGACGAUAACCUUUUUUUCUGCUCCGCGAAGCACGGACCACCCGAGAAAGUCCGCGGCCUCAAAUAUGAACCUUUUUUGGCAGUCCCGCCGCAGACCACUCGCUCUUGCGCAUUACAGCGGUAAUCCUGGGUGCUUUCAAUUGCUCGGUCGAGAACUAUGAAGAGAAAAGCGGAGAAGUCGCAAGCAGCUGGU